AAAGUUUUCAAGAUUUUAUUUAAAAAUGUUUUGUUGUUAGCCAUAAUUUAGCGACUCUCGUGUCCCCGGAUCACCUCUACCUUUGUAGUGUUAAUGUUUUAACGUUAUAUUUCUUGCUUCAACAACAUAACCUCAUUCAGUGAUGAAGGGAACAUGUUUCCAGUACUUUAUGAUUAUUCCCAAAUCUCGAACCACAUGUUUUUGACUGCAUUUAAUUGAAUAUUAGGUUUAAAAUCAUGACCAAUAAUGAUGACGGUGAAGCAGUUGAGAAAACUUGCAACUAUGUCAAGUUAUCCAAUACUGAGGUGGAAAAGACAAAGAAUAAAUGUAUCAUGUGUCAUAGCAAAUUGUAUGAUCCUGUAAAGUAUGGGGAUGUGUAUCAAAUUGAUGGACUUGUUGUCCACUAUUUCUGUUUGUUAUUUUCAAGUUCUUUGAUUCAGAGAGGGGAAUCCGAUGAUGAAGGCUUAUUAGGAUUCUUCCCCAAAGAUAUAAGAAGUGAAGCUAGGAGAGGUGGACGGCUGAGGUGCUCCUAUUGCCGUAAAAAUGGUGCAACAAUAGGCUGCAAUGUAAAGUCAUGUAAAAAAGCUUUCCAUCUUCCGUGUGGCUUAAAGCAUGGAUCUAUGCACCAAUUCUUUGGAGAAUUUCGAUCAUUUUGUCCUGCUCAUCGACCUAGUCAAUCUGUUGAUCCCAAAAUUUUAAAUCAAGCUGCAGAAGAAGAAGAUGGGUUGGUUUGUCCCAUUUGUUAUGAAACAGUACCAAACAAAGUCUCAAGUGAUACUCUUUGGGCACCAUGCUGUAAAAAGAGGUGGUUUCAUAGAUCUUGUGUUGAGAGACAAGCUCAAGCACAAGGGUACUUUUUUAAGUGCCCAAUGUGCAACAACAAGGAUGAAUUUAACAAAGAAAUGAAAGAAUUUGGUGUAUAUAUUCCAGAAAUGGAUGCGGCAUGGGAGCGGGAGCCAGAUGCUUUUAGAGAGCUCUUACAUAGAUAUAACAAAUGCGAUGCUGAAACAUGCAAGUGUCCUGAUGGAAGAAAUUUCUCUCAAAACACUGGAAGCUGGAGAAUGUUAAGAUGUAAUUCCUGUGGAUCUCAAGGGACACAUGUUGUUUGUGGUGGCCUGAAAAUUUCUGCACUCAAUAAUUCGUUUCGUUGUGUACUCUGUAUUGAAGUCUUAGCCAAAGUGGAUAAAAGGGAGGAUCCUCAUCCUACAGCUUCAACCAGUAGUUCUUCUGUGAGGAGAUCUGGGGAUAGUAUUAGCGAACCACAAGCCCCUAAAAGGAGAAAACCCAGCACUCCAACCCCAAAUAUAGAUGUAUCCAUAGAAAGUAAUAGUGCUGUAGUUCUUGAGCGUAAUCAUGAUGAAAGUUCAAGUCCCCAAAAUGAUAGUGACCAGGUUGUUCUACCGGGACCAAGUAGACCACUGUCAAAUGAUGAUGAAGAUGACAUAAUAGUUGUAGAUGAUUCUGAAAGUGAUGUUGAGGUUAUUGAUGAGAAAACCUCAAAGCCAGCACCACAACCACUUAUUGCUAAAACCUAUCCAGUACCACAGUAUGUUGAUAAGGAACUUUUUACAACAGAUGGAAGGACAAUUAAGGUUGUUAAGGUGACUGCUGGUGAUACUGUCCCUGUCGAAAAUGGAAGUUUAGGUGCAGUUAAAAUACAACCUCAAGAAGUCAGACAGGAGACUCUUUCCUUAAAAGUUGAUCAUCCUUCAACUUCAUUGCUGCCCAACCGCCAAGAUGUCAGCAUAUCAUUAGUCCCAACACCAACAACACCUAAGUCAAACUUCAGAAAAGAAGAAUCGUCACCAUCAAAUCUAGGAAUAAGAAUCAAUAAUGUCCGCCACUCUGAGGAGUUGUUUUCUCCCUGUAGAACAGUGGAGCAGCAGGCUGGAACUACAUCAACAAUCCAACCCCAAUUCCCAUUCUUGCAAGGAGACACAUUCACUCCACAGAACAUCUAUCUUUUGCCAGUUACUAUCAAUGGCAGGAGUGCAGUUCAACCUUUUAUUCCACGAGGCAACAUGAUGAACGCCACACAUCCACUACCUCGAAUGCAGAAUAUUCCACCUCAUCUGCAGCACUUAUCGCAACAGCAGCUCCUUGUGCUACAGCAGCAGAUAGGUGCCCAGCUGCAGUCCCAGCCGCAAGGUGCCCAGCUGCAGUCAGGAUCUCGAGAUGUUGAUGUGGUCACUCUAGACUAAAAAGUAAAAGGAAGAAAUGAAGUCCUUCGAAGCAGAAGCCCUGCCCUAAAUGUUUUAAAUGUUAAAUCAAGUUGCUCUGAACCCUGCCCUGCCUUAAUUAAACUUAAGAAAGCACUGUAAUCAUUAUAUUUGAAAAUCACUAGUUUGCAUUGUUUAUUAUUUCGACAUUUAUAAAUUAAAGGGUUUAUUUUAGUUA